AUGACCACUCUGGGGAUGCUGCUAAAUGCCAGUGCCGAUGCUAACUUGGCAGACAACCAGGGCCUCACUGCUUUGCAUGUAGCAUCCAGCCAAGGCUGCCUCCUGAUCAUGUCCCUGCUGCUUCAAGCGCAUGCGGAUCCCGACUUGGGCGACUUCGGCUGUCAGACAGCGCUCCACAUUGCUGCAGAUCUUGGAGAACUGCGAAGCGUGCAAGUGUUGCUGCAC